UGAAUACAAUUCCAUAAUGUUAUUGGUAUCUAUCUUGGAGAACUAUCGUUUGAAUAUUAUUUUUCACACACAACCCAUAUGGUCUAAUAUCUUUUUCAUUAGGUGUAACCCAAUAAUCUCCACCUUUAUGUUUUUUAAUCCCUACAGGAUUAACUCUAUUCUGAAAAACAGCUUUAUAUGAAAUACCAUUGUGUUCAAAUUCUUUAGCAUAUCCUUCAGCUAUCUCAAUUAUAGGAGUUGAAUAUAUUCCUUUUCCAUAUGAAAAGCGUUUUCCUUUAUCAAGACGAUAACCUUC